CUCCCCCCCCCCCCUUUUCCCCGGGGCCCGGCGGAGCGGAGCGGCGGCGGCGCUGCCCCAUGGGCCGGGCACUAUGCCGGUGCGGCGGGGGCACGUCGCCCCCCAAAACACCUUCCUGGACACCAUCAUCCGCAAGUUCGAAGGGCAGAGCCGCAAGUUCAUCAUCGCCAACGCCCGGGUGGAGAACUGCGCGGUGAUCUACUGCAACGACGGCUUCUGCCAGCUGUGCGGGUACUCGCGGGCGGAGGUGAUGCAGAAGCCCAGCACCUGCGACUUCCUCCACGGGCCCCGCACCCAGCGCGGCGCCGCCGCCCAGAUCGCCCAGGCGCUGCUGGGCGCCGAGGAGCGCAAGGUGGAGAUCUGCUUCUACCGCAAGGACGGCAGCUGCUUCCUGUGCCUGGUGGACGUGGUGCCGGUGAAGAACGAGGAUGGGGCCGUCAUCAUGUUCAUCCUGAACUUCGAGGUGGUGAUGGAGACGGAGCGCCCGGGCUCGCCCGACAAGGACACCAACCACUGGGUCACCCCCACCAACUGGUUCCCCACAGGGCGCAGCAAGUCCUUCCGGCUGAAGCUGCCGGCGCUGCUGGCGCUGGCGGGCAGCAAGCAGUCGCUGCCGCAGGAGCCGCCCGACGCCGUCGUCGUGGACUUCUCGAAGCAGAGCAGCGACUCCGGCCCCGAGGAAGCCACGUCCUCGCUGGAGCCCAGCUGCCCGGGGGGGGCCCAGCCCGAGGACCAGGCGGCGCUGAUGGGGGACGAGCCCCCCGAGCCGCCCGUCACCCACUCCUCGCCGCGCGCCGACCGCCUGGCCCUGCACGCCGCCUUCUCCAACUGCAGCCUGGCGCGGAGCCGCUCCCGCGAGAGCGUCCACAGCGUGCGCCGCGCCUCCUCCGUCGACGACAUCGAGACCAUGAAGGGCGAGGGUGACAAGCGCUGCCACAACCGCCACGCCAGCACCGGCGCCAGCAUGCACCGCGGCUCCAGCACCGGGGCCAUGAACAACGUCCGGAGCACCCUGCUGAACUCCACCUCCGACUCGGACCUGAUGCGCUACCGGGCCAUCAGCAAGAUCCCCCAGAUCACCCUCAACUUCGUGGACUUCAAGGCGGACGCCUUCCUGGCCGCGCCGCCCGGCGAGAAGGAGAUCAUCGCCCCCACCAAGCUGAAGGACCGCACCCACAACGUCACCGAGAAGGUCACCCAGGUGCUGUCGCUGGGCGCCGACGUCCUCCCGGAGUACAAGCUGCAGGCGCCGCGCAUCCACAAAUGGACCAUCCUGCACUACAGCCCCUUCAAGGCGGUGUGGGACUGGCUCAUCCUGCUGCUGGUCAUCUACACGGCCAUCUUCACCCCCUACUCGGCCGCCUUCCUGCUCAACGACCAGGAGGAAGCCCGACGCCACGCCUGCGGCUACUCCUGCAGCCCCCUCAACGUGGUCGACCUCAUCGUGGACAUCAUGUUCAUCAUCGACAUCCUCAUCAACUUCCGCACCACCUACGUCAACUCCAACGAGGAGGUGGUCAGCCACCCCGCCAAGAUCGCCAUCCACUACUUCAAGGGCUGGUUCCUCAUCGACAUGGUCGCCGCCAUCCCCUUCGACCUGCUCAUCUUCGGCUCCGGCUCUGAGGAGACCACCACCCUGAUCGGGCUGCUGAAGACGGCGCGGCUGCUGCGCCUGGUGCGGGUGGCCCGCAAGCUGGACCGCUACUCGGAGUACGGGGCGGCCGUGCUCUUCCUCCUGAUGUGCACCUUCGCCCUCAUCGCCCACUGGCUGGCCUGCAUCUGGUACGCCAUCGGCAACGUGGAGGGGCAGCGCAUCGGCUGGCUCCACUCCCUGGGCGACCAGAUCGGCAAGCCCCUCAACGCCAGCAACCCCCUCUACGGCCCCACCAUCAAGGACAAGUACGUCACCGCGCUCUACUUCACCUUCAGCAGCCUGACCAGCGUCGGCUUCGGCAACGUCUCCCCCAACACCAACUCCGAGAAGAUCUUCUCCAUCUGCGUCAUGCUCAUCGGCUCCCUGAUGUACGCCAGCAUCUUCGGCAACGUGUCGGCCAUCAUCCAGCGCCUGUACUCGGGCACCGCGCGCUACCACACCCAGAUGCUGCGCGUCCGCGAGUUCAUCCGCUUCCACCAGAUCCCCAACCCGCUGCGCCAGCGCCUGGAGGAGUACUUCCAGCACGCCUGGUCCUACACCAACGGCAUCGACAUGAACGCGGUGCUGAAGGGCUUCCCCGAGUGCCUGCAGGCAGACAUCUGCCUGCACCUGAACCGCAGCCUGCUGCAGAACUGCAAGCCCUUCAAGGGGGCCACCAAGGGCUGCCUGCGCGCCCUGGCCAUGAAGUUCAAAACCACUCACGCCCCCCCCGGGGACACGUUGGUGCACGCCGGGGACGUCCUCACCGCCCUCUACUUCAUCUCCCGCGGCUCCAUCGAGAUCCUGCGCGGGGACGUGGUGGUGGCCAUCCUGGGGAAGAAUGACAUUUUUGGGGAGCCGCUGAACCUGUAUGCGCGGCCGGGGAAGUCCAACGCGGACGUGCGGGCGCUGACCUACUGCGACUUGCACAAGAUCCACCGCGAGGACCUGCUGGAGGUGCUGGACAUGUACCCCGAGUUCUCCGACCACUUCUGGUCCAGCCUGGAGAUCACCUUCAACCUGCGCGAUACCAACAUGAUCCCCGGCUCCCCGGGCAGCGACGAACUGGACAGCGGCUUCAACCGCCUGCGAAAGCGCAAGCUCUCCUUCCGCCGGCGCACCGAGAAAGACGCCACCAGCGCCGGGGAGCUGCGGAGCGGGCAGAAGGCGCUGCGGCCGGGCAGGAGCUGCCAGGCACCGGGGGCCCCGCGCGGGCCGGCCGAGUGGGAGCCCUGCCACUCCAGCUCCCCCUCCAGCUCCCCCUCCAGCGACGAGGACGAGCCCCCCGCGCCCGGGCCGGGGGUCGCCGCGCUCUCCCCCUUCUGCAGCGCCCGCCCAGGCGGCGAGGUGCCCGCGCCCGCCGAGGCCGAAGAGCGCAAGGGCAGCGACAUGUGCAACCCCCUCUCAGGAGCCUUCUCGGGGGUCUCCAACAUCUUCAGCUUCUGGGGGGAGAGCCGGGGACGGCAGUACCAGGAGCUGCCGCGUUGCACCAUCCCGGCACACGCCGCCCUCAGCAUCCCGUUGCCGUCCAUGAGCCGCCGCCAACGUUCCGAGGUGGAGACGCGUCUCGACCUGCUCCAGAAGCAACUCAACAGGCUGGAGACCCGCAUGGCCGCGGACAUCAGCUCCAUCAUGCAGUUGCUGCAGCGUCAGGCCGCGCUGGUGCCGCCCGCCUACAGCACGGUUUCGUCCCCCCACCAACCCCCCGGACCCCCGUGUCCGCUGCAGCCCGUCCUCCCCAUCACCCCCAUACAGCCGCUCUCUCAGGUUCCCAGCUACCCGGUGCCGCUGGAGCUGCCACGUGCCCCGGACCCCCGUGACGAGCCGCCCCCGCCACCGGACGUGGUGCUGCUGGUGGAGCCGACGGCCGCCCCGCCGCGCCGCCUCUCCCUGCCCGGACAGCUGGCCGGCGCGCCGGACACACAGACCCUGCAUAGACACUGCUCCGACCCCGGGAGUUAAUGGGCAGGGCAGGGACGGGGCCGGGACCCCCGGCGCGACGGGACGCGGGACCCCCGUCCCCUGGACGCUGGCCGGGCCGGUGGGCUCCAGGCCGCCGUCCCCCACGGACAAUCCCUCCCGCCGCCGGCAGCUCGCGGGGGGGGGGGCGGCGGGAGCCCCUCGGCACCCCCACGUUAGCUGGCCUAACCCGGGGGGCCAGGCCCCCCACCCCGCCGCCGUGCCGGCGCUUCCAGGGCUCGGCUGGCAGGACUGUCGGACGUGUGCUGCUCUUCGCCUCCCCUUCCUCCUCAUCCUCCUCCUCCUCCCCGUAGUGCCGCAGCAAGCACGGCCCCGCAGCCCCUUCCCCAGCCAGACCCCCGGCCGGCCGGGGCCGUGCUGCCCCACGGCCAGAGCCCUCCCCGGGGCCGGCAGCGUGGCGGAGGGGGGCUGCGCAGGGGUGUGCACACGUGUGUGUGCGUGUGUCACGCGUGUUUCCACGUGCUGCGGGUCUGCCUGCCUGCACUUGCCCUGUAUGUGUGUGUGCACACAUGUGUGCAUAUGUGUGUGUGUGUGUGUGUACUCGUGUCCGGCACCCCAGGACGCUGUGUGUGUCUCAUGGGGGGGGGGUGUCCUGCUGCGUCGGGACCCCCGUGCUGCUCUGUCGGGACAGACUGUGCCCGAGCGUACGUGUGCGUGUGUAUGUAUGUUCACCCCAGCCAUGCUUCCCGCCCGUGUGGCACGCGUGUGCACGCGUGUGCAUGCAUGUGCAUGUGCACACCUGCGUGCGCUGAGCCGCUGCGUGGGGCGGAGGUGCGUGUCGGGCGCGUGCCCCCCCAAGCCGUGUCCCCAUCCUUGUCCUGGCUGUGGGUGGCUCUGCCGGCCGGGGUCGUCUGUGUGCCCGUGGGGCAGCGCUGUGUGUCGGGGGGGGGGGGGGGCGGCCCCCUCCCCACGCUUGCUGCGUGACCCCCUCGCUGGCCACCGCUGCCCCCCAGAUCCCCCCGGCCGCUCCCCCCCGCACAGCUGGUGGCACGGGGCAGGGGGGUGCAGCCCCCCCCCCCCGGCAUCGUCCCAGCCCACGGUGCCACCCCACGCACAGGGAGGGGGACGCCCCCGCGGGGAGGGGGCGCGGGCAGGGCCGUGGGGUGCUGCCCACCCACCCGCUCGCCCGCCGGCUCCUGGUAGCGUGUGCCGUGUUUGUGCCGUCGUCCCGUAGCCGGGCGCCGCGUGCGCCCGACCCGCCGUCUCACACAGCCCCGCAUGUCGCCUUCCGCGGUAGGUGCCCCCCCGCCCCCCAAUAAACCAGACGGAC